AUGACGCGUGCAUCAUCGUGCGUGAGCCACCAGUGAAUCGUUGACGGAGUAGAGGUUUUCGUCAGACGAAGCAUAUACUCGCGUGUAUUCUCUGUAUGCCGAACGAUGAACCGAUGUUCAGUGGAGGUGCCCAAACUGGCGUCAGGGUCCCUUUGUACCUGGCAGGUUGCAGCAUCAGCGUCGUGCUUGCUGCCGUGGCAGUAGCAGCGCUUCUGGUCGUCUUUGCCCUCAUCAGGGAUGUGGCUGAGACAGGCUCGAAAAGGUCGCUCAGAGCAACCGUGGAUACUGCACGGAGAGAAGAGGAUGAAGGCAUCUAUCCGAACCAUACAAGCAAGAAGGCGUUUACAAUGCAUCGUAAGAGAACCAGACCUCCUAGACCGACACAACCGCGGAAGCUUAACCGUAGGUUACCUGCAGCGUCACGAAGAACGAGCACUAGCGAUAUGACUUCUAGCACCCAAGCCAGUAACCCAUUUCUUCCUCGCCGGUACAUUCGUUCCAGUACGGAACGCCGUACGAAGACUACAAGGCGCCGUUUGAAACAAGAGUUCAAUUUUAGGUAUAGUCGGCCCCAUGUUUCGACAAAAAGUGCUAACGAUCUCAAAAAGCGUACAGAAGCCUCUUCACAACCAUUGUCGCACACUGAAGUACGAACCACUAGAACCUACGUGAGCACAAGGCAAAAGCUCAGAGCUACUGGUGCGUUGCUGACGACAACGACGGAAUACCUUGGGACGGAAGCGGACACAUUCAGUCGUACGGCCGAGGAACAUCAAGCGGAAUCCACUAUGGAGGAGCCAACGACCAGUGUUCUAGCGGAAUACAACACUGUAAGCAUCGAUGAGGAAGACGUUUUUCGGACAGCUCAGAAUACAAGGUCAAGUGUUUCACGCUCUGCAUUCUUCACCAACCAAGAAAUAUUUACAUUACCUCCAAGUUACAGUGGAGAAAAUGACAGUCAGUACGAAAUACUUACCACUACUGAGACUACAACGUCGGUUGACGUCCCACAAGUUGAGCUAUUCAAAGACUACACAGUAUAUCCUGAAGAUGUGCUACCAGGCCACGGGGCUCCAACAGUUCCAGAAGACUGGGAAAACACUUUGGACUGGGGAAAUAUUCGAAACUUAGUUACAGGAAGCAGGGACCGCAAAGAACAGACUACGGGGACAUCUUUACGCAGCAGUCCUCGAACUACAUACAGCUCUGCAGCCGAUAACAGCUCUGCAUUUGAACUAACACAAAGUACAACUGGCUCCAUGACCACACCCAGAAGUCGUAAUGAUGGAGGUCAUAACGAGAUUCACACUACGACAGCCAAACGUACGAACGGGACCGUCCCGCCAAAAGACACAACAUUAUCACGGGAACCUCAUAAUACCAUGGAUGUCGGCAUACCACAGUCAACAUUAGGCGAACGUAGCCGCAAGUCCAUUCACUCCAGUAGCACUGGUGCGUCGCAAACACUUGGAAAUGGUCGCGUGCGUCCAACCAGCAGCACCACAAUGAAACGACUGUCAACCGCUGCCAGCACCUACACGCGUAUGACCACGCAAUUGUCCACUCGACCACAAACGCGGCAUCGUCCUAGAAGAGGUACUGUCACGAUCAGAGUUGAUAGACGACAUCGCAAGAAGUACAAUCUUUGGCCGAUGGGGACUUUGCCAAGAAAGAUGAAAAAGUUUACAAAUCAGCUACUGUCCACUACGACACCAGAGAUACGAACUGUCUCUAAAAUGCUCACAACGGGAAGUUUUUAUGGCGGGGACACAGAAGAUGAUGAGGGAGAGGAGGGCAGUUCUGAUAGAGUUGUGAAACUCAAGGGAGAGACAUUUGCCAAUCACGAGACGAGAGGUCAAGGAUAUUCAUCGCACACUCGCGAGGUCAACUUGACAAGCGGUAUCCUUAGUACGAUAGUAGACACCGAGCAUACAGAACCGUUUCACGGCUACAACCUGCAUUCAUACCUUGCGGAUAUUUCCGAUAAACGCGAGGGUCUGGAGAGAAGAGAUAUUUUGCACGCGCCUAUCAUGUCCAAAAACUUUCACGAUCAAAGCAAUGACUUGGGCGGUUCCGACAUCUCACUCAAAUUUAGGCGGAAGACGACAACACCGGUUUUUACAGAACCGUUCCAGGAAUGGGAGGCUGAGGUUCCAUACGGCUCCAUGGACAGAGCAGUAGAUACUGACACUCCUGGCCUCAGUGCAAUAUUGUCAGCGCGCCGUACAGCUUCUCGACAUUUCCAUUAUCAUUACAAGAUAACGGGUCAUAAGCACGGGACAACCACAAAGCGUACAUCUAGCAAACUAUCGUACCGCACCACAUAGAUGCGUCUACUAGACAAGGACGCAUGCAACCGUAGAUGUCUGCUUCUGGUCAUACGUGAUUAUGAACACAACUACAUGCAUAUGUAGUACAUUUAAUAUAUAAUUUUACUACCUU